AGCAAACAAAUAGUUCGUACAAAAGACUACAUUAAUUUCGAUCCCUUCUUCUCCGUUUCUCUCUCCUUUCUCCCCUCUUUCUCUCUCCGCACACCACCCAGGUCACAUCGAUCCUCUUCAACUUUGAUAAUACUCCGUACUAGUAACGCCUCAAUCCCAAUUUUUUUAACCCCCAUCUUAAUUGCGGAUAACUUUUUUAAAGAUUUUAAUUCUUCCGUUUCCCAGUUUUGAUUUUGUACAUCAAUUUGCACUAUUCCAGAUUAUUCAAACCCUAAUUCGAAUUCCCACGCGAUUUCCAGAAAAGCUGUAUUGGGCAAAGGAGUGGAGACUGAGGGAAGAAGGAUAGUGAUAUAGAGAACAAGGAAGCGACAUUUUUGCACGAAUGCAGUUUAAAGAUUAAGUUUUGUUUGUGUAUGUAUGAUAAAUAGAGUGUUCAUAUUGUUUUGUACACAUAUACAGAGUGGGAGGAGUGAAGUAGGAAGGCAGAGGACUUAUACUAUUAUUAAUUGGUGUUGUUGAUAAAGGGUUUUUAUCAAUAUGGAUGAUUUGCACGGAGAUGAUGCUCAAAUGCACAUGACGGAGGCUGAGCAACAAAUGCAUGCACACUAUUUACACGAGCAAAGUCAUGGCAUGCACCAUAUGAGCAAUGGGAAUGGAAUGGAGGAUGAACAUGAUGAUGGGGUUGCGGGUGGUGAGGGUAUGGAUGGGGAACUCCAUAAUGAUCCCGGAAACGUUUCUGAUACACAUGGUGGAUUGAUGGUGGCAAAUGCUGAUAACAAUCAGCUAACUCUUUCUUUUCAGGGUCAGGUUUAUGUCUUUGAUUCCGUAUCACCUGAAAAGGUUCAAGCUGUACUUCUGUUGUUAGGGGGUCGUGAAAUACCUUCAACUGUUCCUGCUGUGCCAUUGACCCCUGCAAAUAACAGAGGGGUGGCUCCCACACCACAGAGGUUCAAUGUUCCACAAAGAUUGGCAUCACUACUCAGGUUUCGUGAAAAGAGAAAGGAACGUAAUUUUGACAAGAAAAUCCGUUACACAGUACGCAAGGAGGUGGCUCUUAGGAUGCAGAGAAACAAGGGUCAAUUUACUUCUUCAAAACCUAGUCAGGAUGAGUCUUCCUCAGGUGCAACUAGCUGGGAGUCUAAUCAGAAUUGGGGACCCGAUGGACCUUUACCAUUACAACAAGAAGUUUGCUGCCGACAUUGCGGUAUUAGUGAGAAAGCUACGCCGAUGAUGCGGCGUGGACCUGAAGGACCAAGGACUCUUUGCAACGCUUGUGGACUUAUGUGGGCUAACAAGGGAGCUCUUAGAGACCUUUCGAAAUCAGCAGUGCAGGGUGGACAAAAUCUUCCCUUUACUAGGAACGAGGAGAAUGGAAAUUUUGAGGCCAACCAACAAAUUGUUAGAGUUGCUGGAAACGUUAGUGAAUCGGUGUGAUUAGCCUAUAUCAGGUGCAGACAAUGUAGUUGUUGGAAGUCACCUUGAAUUCUUGUGAAACUUCUGAUCUUUGAUUCCCAUUUAGAGGAUCAUCAGUUUGGGCAUCGCAUUGAUGAUAAUUUGACGAGAUUAGGCUUGUACUCUUUUAGUGUUAGGAUUGAGUUUUGUUACAGAAAACAGAUGAAAUGUGUCUUCUUCUUGUACACAAUUUCAACUGAAUCGUACAUUCGUACCCCUUUUUAUUGAAAAAUUAUAUAUUUGAAUCUCAAA